UGUCAAGAUAUUGUGGGUGGACAUGAGAUUCAGACAUUGCUUCUAUUUAUUGCGUCUUUGUGAUUUAUGCCACCCCAAACUUGUCAUGGUGGCAACUGAGGCAGAUUGAUGUAUAAGUCAAGUCGACAAGCUCAGCUCCUCCAUACAUAUACAUACACAAGUAAGUAAGAAAAAGCAUCAAUGGCAGCCUCCAAGCUCCAAGCCUUGUGGAACCAUCCUGCAGGCCCCAAGACCAUUCAUUUCUGGGCUCCGACGUUCAAAUGGGGGAUAACGAUAGCCAACGUUACAGACUUCUCCAAGCCACCUGAGACCCUCUCUUACCCUCAACAAUUAGCUGUUGCUGUGUCUGGACUCAUAUGGGCUCGCUACAGCACAAUUGUUACCCCGAAAAACUGGAACCUGUUUAGCGUUAGUGUGGGAAUGUCAGCUACCGGAUUAUAUCAGCUUGCGCGCAAGACUGGGCAUGACUACAACUUGUCCGAGAAAUACGUGGGGGAACGGUGACCAAGGUUUAAGAAAUGCAACAUUGAGGAUGUUUGUUCACCUCGUCCUAUUCUAAUUUGUGUUGGUUAUGCUGAAUAAAGGAUGACAAAUUUCUGAUAUUGGUUAGAGUCGUUGGAUAAUGCAAUGAUUUGAUUUGAUUUCAUGUAUGUCCUUUAUAAGAGCAUAUAUUAAACAAUAAGACAUUUAGGUGUCAUUUAGCUAAAA